AUGGUGCGGAUGUUGCUCGUUUGGUCGAUGGCCGCGCUCGCAAACGCAACGAGCUCCAUCGUAUUUCAUGUGCUGGCGCCGGUGGCUGGCACGCCGUCGACCGCCUUCUACCACCAAGUGCAAGUCGCAGCGGCGGCGAGCGUCAACCAAACCAACGUUUGGACACUCACGACCGACGCCACGAUCAAUGCGUCCUUUCUGCCUCUCUGGCUGCAGAGCAACGUCAUGUCGGCCACCCCAGGCUCAACGCUCGUUGUCAAUGCCUCCGUCGAGGUCGACCCGUUCUCGAUUCAAGUGGUGUUCAUCAACGAUACACUCCUCGCACCAGUGUGCACCACCUCGUGUGACGCGAUCCACGAAGCGCAAGCCGCCCACACAAGCUGGCUGCUAACGACCCUCGGGGCGAGUCGUAGCCAGUGGCUCUUUCUCGUGGGGCAGCGACCGCUCUGCGAGAUUGCUACUGCGCUAAGUUCGGUGCUGCAGGAGCACCGCGUGGAUGCCUACUUUGGUCUAACAAGCGCAAAGUCCCAAGUGAGCCAGGUCGCAACCAAUGCGACGGUCGUGACCGCGUAUGCAUAUGCGCACGCGACCGCUGCAUCGACCACGUGUUCGAGCGUCUAUGAGGCGUCGCCGGUUCUGAGCACGAUCUCGGCGCACGUCGUCUCCAAGUACGCUAUGCACGUGUCGCUGCAUAGCGACAGCACGCUGGGCGCCUACGCCCUGAGUCAGACCCGCCUGCUCAAGUCCUUUGAAGCCAGCGAGUCGACGACCGCAACGUAUGUCCCGUGGGUCAUUGUCGGUAGUUUUGUGCUGCUCUGCGCACUCGGCAUUCUCUACGGGCUCAAGUACAAGGGCCUCAAGCUCAAGAAGCACAGCCUUUUUCCCCGCCAGAGCUCGUCGACCGAGAUGGACGCGAUUGCGACGCUGCCUCGAACGUCGUCAGCGAUCGACUUGGAGAUCGGGUCGAGUGACGACGACGAGAGCGACCGGCCUCGCCAGUACACCAUAGUCUCAACUGCCAUGAAACCUUCGGUGUGGACUGUGAUCGAGGUGCGGGACCGGCCGCUCGAGUGGCAUGUUGAGAGUAGCGCGCGCAUCUUUGAAGCAAGCUGCAAGUACAAGCAGCUUCGCACCCUCCCGCCACCGCUACCGAUGUCAGCACAAAUCGACGACAUUGUGCUUCUGGAUGCGUCGAUGAACCGGCUGCGACAAGUACCACCCCUCGCUUCAUGGCCCAACCUCCGAGAGCUCCGCGUGCAGCUCAACCAGCUCACUGACGUCGCUGGCCUCGACGGAUGUCGCCACCUACGGGUACUCAACGCCGCAACCAACUUGAUCACGCACGUGCGGGGACUGCCUACAGCCAACGCUCUCGUGAGCUUGGACCUCUCGUGCAACGAGAUUGGGUCGCUGGACGGUCUCGACGUCUGUGUGCACUUGCAGACGCUGCUGUUGGACGAGAACAAGCUCACUACGCUACGCGGUGUCGAGGGCCUUCGAUCACUCGAGCGGCUCUCGGUGCGUCGCAACCAACUGCAUGACGACUGCUUGGGGUCGGUGGUGCCCCUGCAGCAGCUGCGCUCGCUUGCUCUGAGUUAUAAUCAUCUCACCGAUCUCGACGAGCUCGUCAAGACAGUACUCUCGCUCCCUCUGCUGGACGAGUUGGAGGCACUGAGCAACCCCGUGACGACCGGUGACGCGUACAAGCAUCGCCUCUGUCAACACAAGCAUCUUCAGCAGCUCGACAUGAAAACGAUCUUGCCGACCAUGCGGCACACGCUGGCCAAAGCCGCCGACGCCAACGACGUCGCGUCCCUCGUGACCGAGACGACGCAGCUCUACAUGGACCACAUGCAGCAGCAGAAGCGCGUGCUGGACGACGGACUGCGCUUGUACAAGGCGCGGCAAGCCAUGCUCACGGCCGCGCAUGACGAGUGCGUCGCUGGCCUCCACGCCGACCUCGCCGAGUGCGUUCAAUUUGCCCGCGGCCUCUCGCGCCACGACAAGGCCUCGUAUCUCGUUUCGAAAGCGGGACUCGAGGAGUGGAAGCGCAUGCUAAUGGCCUCGAUGGCCGCGCAGCAAGACGACGAAAAGAAAGCAGCGGAGGUGGCCGCGAGGGACCGCCACGCCGCGCUACUGCAGCGGGUCCGGGACACGAGUCCGGACCAGCAGUUGCGGGAGCUGGCGGCCCACCGCCCGCACGUGUGGCGGGACCUCAAAGCACUUGCUUUGCAGCAGCGCAUGGUCGACGAAGAGGCCGACCGGAUGGCCUCCGAGGCCCGCGACGCCCAGCUGGCGGCACAAGCGCAAGCCAAAGCCAUGGAGCGAGACGCCCGCGUGGAGCUUGUCCUGGGCCUCGCCAAGGACUUGAAGUUGCACGAGACGCCAGAGUACACGGACACCUUGCGUCGGCUACGUGUGCGGGGCGAUGCGCUUGCUACGCGACGGGCCGCUGCGAGACGCAUUCAACGCGCGUAUCGCCGCCACAAACGCAAGGAAUUGCCCGAGAUCCCGGCGCAUAGCGCGGUCGUCGCGAUCGUCGAAGCAGUUGUACCGGCGAGCAAAUCAAGGUUUUCGCUGCCGUGGCGGAAACGACGUGUCUAA